AUUAAUUUAUUGCAGCUUUCAGUAUUUGUAUCCGUAAUCUAAAAAACACUUUGCAUUGGUUUACCUACCUACUCUGUAAUCAUGGCUAUUUGUAUUUGACAGUAAACAGCUGAUAGAUCUAGAGAAAAGACGUAGGUACCUACAUUAGAUAGUCUAAAUUACUCUUUUGUUUUGUCGGUCUAUCGGACACGUAAAUAAAAGGAUAAUGGGUAAUUUGUUCAGCGUCAGCAUGGAAGAAAAUUACAAAAGGAACCAAGAAUUCUUGCAAACUAUAAACAAAGUCAAGAUGGAGAGACAAAUACAACUACAAUAUCAAAUGCAAGAACGCCAAAUGGCCUUGGAAAUAGCUAAAAACAGAGACACAUGUCUGUGGAUUACUGCUUUUUAUAUAACGACCGCAACGGGAUUGUUUACAGGUUUCAGAAGGACGAAAAGACAGUACCUACUGAUGCCGCUUGUCCCGUUGACAUUCAUCACUUUGUACUACUGGGACCUUGCAUAUGGGAAUAAAGUGCAUAGGAUUCGAAUGGAGGCGGAACACGUAAUGACGCACGAAGCUGAAUCCUUGGAGUGGCCGUGCGGUCUGCCUUCUCCCUCCUCCAUCGACCUCGGACGAUUCGACGAGGAGGAAAAGAAGAGAAUACAUCCGCCCCUUCUUCUCUAAACAUGGUUAAGUUUGACCCGUUUUGUGUGCCUUCAUCUUUUUUUUAGGAAGGUAUUUAACUAGACUUGUCAAAUAAUCUACGUUCUUGCUUGUUUUAUUAAUUAAUAAUAAGUUUUUCAGUGUAAUGUAAUAUACAAAAUGGCGGGUUGGUUGUAAUUUGUACGAUACUCCAUAGCUGUUGGCGUAUACUAGUCUCACAUUAAAAACGUAAGCGAAAUCUUAGAAUACAUGUACCUGACUUUCUCAUUUAUGAUUUAAGCUUAAAACAUGUGUAUUUUAAUUGUUUUUUUUUUAUUUAUGUAUUUAUUUUUAAAUGAAUUAAUUUGUUUACUAAGACAAUAUUUUGAAAGGGGAGUUUAUAUAAAUAAAGAGCUCUGUGUGCUUAGUGCGAGUUUUUUAACGUUCUCGAUAGCGUAAAAGUUAACUAAUAUUUGUAUGGAAUGGGAUCGUUUGCCUACGUUUGCCGCUAGGGGCGCUGUUCCAACUGCAUACAAAAUCGGGUUAACUUUUACGCUAUCGAGAACGUUAAAAAACUCUCACUAAGCACACUGGUUAGGUUAGGUUUUAUUGGGCGAUUAUGCACCGUAUAUGAAUGAGUAUAAAGAUUGCAUUAAUAAACAGCGUUAUACAGGGUGUGUGGAGAACGUUUCCGCGGCUGAUAUUUUUGUACAGUAUUAAUCUAAUGAAAAUGAAAUAAGCAAAGACAGGACAUUGUUCUCCUACGUUUGUGUGUCACGAAAUUCCUAUAUUUUUUUUUGUUUUUAUUGAUUCGUAGUAGUAAAGCAGUAAUAGUAAACUUUUUUAUUCAAUAAAUUGACGAAAUUUAGAAUAUUUUUUUCCAACUUUUACAAAAAAAAAAACCUAACUAAAUAAAUGUAGUUCAGAAAAUGAAUCUUAAUCUUGAGGCAUUAAUGAUUACGGUCGAAUUUCGUACACCGAAAGCGUAAAUACAUGUACGCAUGUACAUUGUCGGUACGGAGAGCUCAUGUUGCCUGGAGCCGCAAUGUAACACAUGGCAGGCGCGUCUUCUGUGGGUCAUCUUACAUUGUAAUAGCUGUACCCGCCCGCUUCGCUGGGCAUUUAAAAUUAACAUUAUUAUUUCUCACCCCCACAAAGAUUCUCAUCAUUAACGCCCCCGCAACUGGUGUAGGGAGGCCAACACUCAUAUCAAUAUUAGCCUAUCCAUUAAGUACAUGUAUUUUUUACAUGGAUACCAAGUUUCAAGUCAAUCGGAUGCACGGUUCAGUAGUUAUAACGGAACAUCCGUAAAAACCACUGUAGAUUUAUGUAUUAAGUAUAGAUUUCAUUGAGGGCAAUGUAUAAGGUCUUAUUUUUCCAAAGUUAAUUGUUUUAAAAUAAAUGGUCUUACAUUGUUACCAAAUAGUUUUUGAGUUCGGUUCCAAUACAUCCUGUAUAAUAUAUAAAAAAAACAUGAAUAAAUAAAAGACGGAGAAUGGUAGCGCGAACCAACAAACUCACACAAUAUAAUUAAUUGUGUCACACUAAUCGGGAAUUCUAAACAAAAUAUUGUCUUCUAAGAGACCUAAACGAUUCAAAUAUUAAAAUGUGUAGUGGAUAGUGUGUUAUUACUAAUUAGUUUAAGUGAUUUAAUCAAGUUGUAAUCAAAACAUAAUGCUUCGAGUGUUGAUAAAUUUGUUUUUAACAAUUCUAAAGCCUAACUAAUUUUUAUUAAAGUUUAAUUUAGCUUUUAUUAUUUUCUAUUCACUAUAUUGUAAUUAUGAAGUUUCGAAUAUUUUACAGACUUCGGAUCAUUUCAGUCGGUUAGCUUUUAAAAUCCCAUUCCAAUACAAAUAUUUAUGUACGUAUUUUAUAUAUUUUUUUUAACUUGUGUAAUUUAUUUUGUGAUAUUUUUCGCGCCACUACGCAAUGACAGACACUUUAAGUGACAGUUACGAAAACGUCAAAACGCCACGUUUUAUUGUCUUUUAAAGUGUAUUAUUUGUCUGUAGAAUUAUUUUUUUAAAGAACUAUUGAAUCUCAGUCACGAUUCUCUUUGUCGUAAAUGUAUAAACUCUUUUAGUCUUUUCUCCGUUUCGCACGUUAACCAUCGUGAGUUGAAAGCAUUCUAGUGCAACUGGAUAAUUGAAUAUGCAAUUUCAAAAAGGGCACAUGUCGCAUAUUUUGUCAAAUACGUUUUUUGAUAUACAUGUAGUUUUGAGGCUUACCUACACCCAUUUUAUAAUAAUUCCAGUAAUUUUCAAUGACUAAUUAAUAUUAAAAUAAAUCUCAAAAAUUUACAUUUUAAAUUAUACAUUGCUUUAGAAAAUAAUGUUUUUUUUUCAUUUCCUCAACAUUUUACAUUUUCAGAGAUGUGCCCUUUUCGAAAUUGCAUAAUAUUCAAUUAAAGCUUGGGAAAAAAAAGGCGUAGGUAUAUAAUUUUUCUAGUAUAAAAAGGGCAUCACAAAGUAAUAUUAGCGCAGUCAAUCACUAAUUAACCGAAAGAUUUUGCAUUUAUUUUUAUGUACUUAAGCGCUAAUGUUGAUUAUUUUUAAAUGUCAUUCCGUUUUACAAACGAUUUUUUUUAAGUUUUUUUUUUUAAUCUUCAGAAACGCUGUUAUAUUUUUUUAUUAAGCUGUUUUAAUUUGCAUUCCUUGUUGAUCUUCAUGUUCGUGUUGAAAUACAAGUUUAUUGAAAGUUUAAAGUUUUGAUAUUCGAAGGUAUGUUUAUUGUUAAUAAUUUUUUUUUACAAAAAAAUAUUAAUUGUGAAACGAAAGUAUUAAAAGGGCAAAUAAAAAUCUAUAUUUCUUGUUAUUAACUCUUAAUAAAUGUGUGUUCAAUUUG